AGCGAUCUGAAGCGGUGCGCAAUGACCGGAAGGAUGGGCACUUCCGACCCGGCUCUGCGGCACCUCAACAUUUCAUGGUGCACGUCCGCCUCCACAACGCGGAGCGAAGAACGCUCGAGACUGCACUCGCUUUCCUACCUGGCCGUCACCGCCGCGCCGACCUCGAGGCACAACGCAGUUCGGCUCGGUCCGACUGCCUGUCAAGUGUCUUCCGGUUGCCAGUCAACAAGCGCCUCCACUUGUGCAAACCUGUCGCCUUCCGUGUAACUGGCUCUUUGCAUCUCGCGCAGGGAUCGGCGUCCGCUUCGUGCCAAUUUCCUCACUUGGCUUCGUGUUCCUAACCUGUUGAGGUUGCAAUUGUCCGUUGUCGGUUGUGAACCGGCAAAGGUAGUUAACGAGUGCCGGAAGACCCACCGAGACCCUCAGGUGUAGGUGGUUGCCCUACCACCUGCCUCUAACCGUCUGGCGCCAAGUGGCCUACCCAGAAUGGCAAGCUUCGGCGCACCCGACCUCGUUCGGGGCUCGGCGCACUCGACGUCGCGUUCGGGUCGAUCAGGACGCUCCGGACGCUCUGGCCGGGGCUCAGCUCGGCAUGACAUGGAUUCCUCCAUGGCCAACUCGACCAACUGUGCUAACUUGAAACAUGGCUACAACAGCUCCGCAGAAGGCUACAUUCCCGGCAAAUUGCCACUACCCGACGACUUUUUCCCGGUACCGCAACUCAGCGCCAAGGAGAACAAAUAUCUACUAGGACUCGCCAAACACGCUUGUAAAGAAGUCGUGUAUUACUCAAGACAGGACGAUGGACCUAUGAAAUGGUUACAUUUGUCAUCGGAAGACGGUGUGGACGUUUUCCAGGGUGUCGACAACUCUGGCACCAGUGAUAUGCAACAAGAUGCAAAGGCACUUACCUACUUGCGAGGAUCUUGCAAAAUUCAUGCAACGAUCGAUGAAAUCUCCGAUUUUUUCAAGCUCGAUACCCCCGAAAAGUUAUCAGGUUUUGCACAAACCGUAGGUAAGGACUUGCUGGAUCAGAAGACCUUGCUGACACUAGCCACCCCCACUCCGGAAAACCCGAAACAUUACGUCGCCGUCAAGUGGACAGCAGUGGAAUCUCCGAGUAAACUCACUCGACACCGCGAUUUUUGUUACAUCGAGUGCCACGACGAGUUUAUUGACACUAACACAAAGCGACGAGGCUGGGUGAGAAGUAUCCACUCGAUUCGCCUGCCAUUCUGUCCACCCUUAAAUAGGAGCCACGGUCUAGUGCGUGGCAGCUUCUAUCGGUCCGGAUAUAUCUUCACCGAGUCAGCUGAGAAAGGCUGUGUGGAUGCAGUGCAUACAUUACACGUGGACAUUAAGGGAAAUGCCCCAAAUUGGCUCAAAAUUCUGGUUAUGAAGCGCCGAAUCAAGAAUAUUGCACAAGUGAACCACCACUUUCAAUUGCAAAGAUUAACACAAGAAAAAUUACUAGGAGACUUGGAAUUGCCUGCCAAAGAGGGAGUCACGCAUUGCCAGCUCUGUGAAACGCGCUUUGGGCUUUUCCACCGUCGACGGCUCUGUCGGAAGUGUGGGAAAGUAGUCUGCAACGCUUGUGGCAAUGAGUUCAUGCUGGAUUACGCUGGAGUAGGUCCUAAAAAGGUGCGGAUCUGUUUGGAAUGUUCCGAGUCGGUGGUGUAUGGUACGAGUGUACCCAUGAUGGAUGAUUCGGGUCGGAUUAUCGAGGACGAACACACUGGAGCUAAGAAACUUGAUGACAGUGUGAUCCACCCUAUGUAUGAUGAGUCGAUGAUUAUUCUGGAGAACCGACAUCAUUCUAUUGACGAGAACGAGUAUUAUUUGGAGAAUGAGGAUGCCAAUGGACUCGCUGAUAUGGAGGAGGCUAAGCGUAUGAAUAGGGAGUUUGAGGAGAUGUUGAAGAAAACCAGUGACGAGUUUAAUGCGUCAAGAAUUCAAGAAGAACGGAGAUUCAACACAAACGCCAAAUCUCUGCUUGGUAUGAACAGCGCUUCAGGUGAAACUUUACCGGUUGAUACUCCUUUGGGUGCAAGCGACUUGGCUCCGUGGGAAGAGCAGAACAAAGAGGACGAUAUGGAAGAUGACGAUGAACUAGGCUUACCCCCCAGUAAGAGCGAGCAGAUGCGCAAACAACUGCAAUAUGAAGAGCAAAUGCGUCGUGAAAACGUUGAACGAGCGAAUAAAAUGCAGCAGUACGCUAUUGAACAGUGUGAUCCACCUACAAGGCCUCGUGCGCAUGGAUUCGUACGCAGUGAGUCGGGAGAUUCGCUUCGGUUAAGUUCCGAACACGGUGAAGAAUACUAUGGUACAGGUGCUAUCGGACGUAUCGGACCAGACGGGUUAACCAGCUUCCGUUCUAAUAAUUCUGGCCGCGGUGUGUCUAGAUCUGAGCUAUCAGAUGACGGACGUUCUAGAUCUAGAUCAAGAAGUUCUCACGAGUUUCGACACAUUCCUCGACGUCGCGAGGCUGGAUUCCGUAGUCGACACGAUAGCGAAGAACGAGACGCCUUUGAGAGUCAGAGACGCACUCAGCAGUACUUUGACGCUCGUAAUGCUCUGUUGAGUGGUGGCCAACAUCGUCAUACAGUUGACUUUGAACCCACGAUGGCGGCCAGAUUCCGUUCGUCUGGUAUUGGGGCAGGCUCUGACCCCCCUGUUCGUCGCCAACUCGCUGGAUCGGAGUUGGAAUCUCCUUACACUUCUCUAAGUGAUUCGAAUAUCGCAGGAGCCUUUACAACUCGACGGAGACAUCGAAGUGACGACUUGGAAGACCGAAACGAUGAAGCUUUCCGGUUAGCCAUGUCAGCCAUGAGGUUAUACGAAGAAGAACGCGGUCCUAGUCUACAUGUUACAGAGGAAAUAAGACAAGCGGCAUUGGCUAAGAUGAUGGAAGUCUACGCUCGGGAGAUUGAACGCAGUCACAGCCACGAUGCACCAUACAGUCGAGGAACCAUCUCGGAUACUCGUCGUCUUCACCACGACGUAGGUAUCCCCCCUCCAUUGCGACGAACUGUGAGUGACGACCGCCCGCCGUCGAUCUACGGCUCUCCACUGCAAGUUUUCAGACACGACGAACUGUUCCCCACUCCAAGACGUCAACGACGACCAAAUUCUAAGAAACACCGUCGAGAAGAUACGUACGCUCCGAGUUUGCCUACCAAGGAGCGAAAGCAGAAGAGUGAAGAUACUCACGAGUACAGAGAUCUAUCCGAUCUCACUUCCAGCGCUUUCCAGGCCUUCCAGAUGAAUUCUCUUGGACCGAGAGAUGCACCAAAACUACCGGUUGAUGUGGUGGAAAGCUCGGAAGAUUCAGACAGCAAACACGAAGACACUCAACCGCCUGCGCAAUUCCAACGGGAAUCCACAAGUACGACGCAUGUACAGCUCAAGUCGGACACGUCUGGUGCUGCGUACGGCAGUAUGGAGAGUAACGAGGUGUCCAACAUGAUCUCGCGUCCCAAUUCCAUGUAUGGAGUGGCCUCGGACACAUUCAGCGACAUGGACUUCACUGACCUCCCACAUUUAAUGCGUAAGGACGACGUUGACGGUGCUCGAAGCUCGUUCACUGAUCUCCAACAUUGGACAGAGGAACCGUCAGAGAACGGAGGUGUCGAGUACGCCCCAGAGCCUCGUUUGAGUGACCUACUCUCUCCUCUUCACUUGGAGGACGUGCAACACGUAGACGACGAUGAUAGCGAGAGUCAGUCUUCCAACUCGUCGUCUCAAAUCGACUGGCAGAGUUCCAUGUCGAAUCAAUAUCAAGGCACUCAAGGCAGAGCUCGAGGAACGGAUUCCGAGUCUUCAUUCGUGCGAACGUACUCAAUUAGUCGCCAGAAUGAGGCAGAAGCGUACUCAGACCUUACCAACACGAACAAUGGACUGUCGGAGAGUAUGGUCACGCAAAACGACCCACCGCAACGCCAGUACAGCAAGCCUCCUUCAUUGUCUGAACUCUUGUCGGAAUAUUGUGAUAGUGAACGCUCGUCGCUGCCGAGUUACCUGGAAUUCGGAGGAUCGCAGCCGGAACUGGAGCCUGAAUAUCUCGAAGCUAUUGCAAAUGCCACUACCGGUAACCAGAACACUAUCCCAAUGGAAGGAGGAAGACGAGGACAUGUAAGGAGACGAUCAAGUAUCCCAUCCGAGCUGGAAGCCAUGACGUCGCGCGAGCUUUUCCUUUAAGGUGUAACCUUUUGAGUAUAUCCGCCAAGAUCUGUGAGGAUGUUCGUGUUAAAUGAGCCAAACAGCCAUGUGAUGAGUUUUGCAAUCGAAAUAACACUAAAAUAAACCGUUUUGACCUUAUA